CAGACAUUGUGCUGGUAUGGCUAGGAGGCGGGAAAACAUUAUGCGACCUUUAAUGGCAAUUAAUCCAUAAUAUGAAAUCAAGUGUCAUGUUAGUUCAUCCAGUCAUAAUGAAUAACGAUAUGCUAUUUACAUUUAGUUAUCCUAUUUGGAAUUGUGUGUCCUAAUUUCUGACUUUGUACAUGGGAGGCAAGGGGGGUGAUCUAAAGACUGGGACGGGCUUAUCAGGGGUGAAAGUGAAGAUCGAGGGCGAAAAAGCAGAGCUGUCCGUGUUUUCUGCAGAAGGCGAGAGUCCAUUGUAGUCUAUUACUCGUCGAGAGGGACAUGUUCAUGUUAUUCUUAUAACAAACACCCCAAACGCACUGUUUUGAUUACAAGUGGCAUCUAAUCCUUAAAAGAGCGAGCACCACCUAUAGGAGAUCGAAAGUGGCUUUUUCGUGGCUCUGUAAGCGGAUGCAACAAUAUGCGGAUGGUUUUUACAGCAUCUGGUACAAAAUCUCUGUUCACAUGCGGCAUUUUAAAAGGGAUAGAUAGACAGGAGAUGCCAAACGUCGAGUCACUGGAGAAUGAAAACCUACAUUGAAAGAUCACGUUCAUCUUUGGCCAUCACCACAUGUUAAAUGGAUACCGAAUGGAGCGCAACAUGUAGCCGAUUUCCUGUGUGCACUGUCAAAUCAGAAGUCCCGCAUAGUGCUCCGGGGUUAUUAUCAAUUGAGGACAGAGGCACAGUUUUCUCAAGCUAAAUAUUGGAAGGGAACGAAAGACAUUGCUCUCGGGAUCAGUCUGUCAACUGCAAAGAAGAAACGAAUCUAGGCCUCUUUUGCAAAACUUGCAAAGGCUGUCCAUAUUUCCCUGUAAUUUUCUUAUAAAUCCCUGUUUUUCCCAACGUGGAUUGCUAGUCAGGCGUUAUCUCAGGUGGAGGGGCCACAAUUCAUGAUCAAACAGCAUCCCAUAUUCUUCACUUCUUUUGAGUUUUCACCAUGGAAACCCCAUGUGAACAUUGGCGACGACCUUGAUGCAAUGAAUAUGGAGAGAAGGGUGGCAAUGUAAACAAAGUUUUGUAUUCGAAAAGAAACAAAGCUAUAUUAUCGCCCCCACUUUAUUCUUAGUGAAUUUUCCAUGGGCUCCUUUUGCCUUAGGCCUACAUUUAGAGAACAUUGGAUUGGUGAAUCAACUGACACUGUCAGAGGCGUGUAACUAACAAAUAUGUGAGCAAAGCUAUUCCAAAGUGCAGAUCCUGAUAAUCAAGACACUACGUGGGAUUUAAAGGACAUUCGUGACACCUCAGGGCAAAGGGUUCAGUUUACACGCAGGAGAAUAAAAGGAAACCCGAUGAGAGAGCACGAUGUAGGCCUACGUUUGAACCUUACAACAGUACCUUGAGGAGUUUUACACCUGCAGAACUACAAACAGAUUUCCACUUUUUUACGACGAGGUCACAGGAAGAAUACAAAACGUAGUCAUUAUUCACGAUGCCUCGCAACCGGGCCUUCUCAGAGCCGGAGUACUCAGCAGAGUAUUCGGCGGACUGCUCUGUGACCCUACCAUCGGACCCAGGCCAUGCCGUGGGGCGCUCACACGAGGUAACGGUUCGCAGCCAAGGGUGCUGCCUCUGCCUCCCACGCUUCAUGCGGCUCACCUUUGCACCCGAGUCUCUGGAGAACCUCUAUCAGACCUAUUUCCGGCGGCAGCGACACGAAACCCUACUGGUUCUGGUUGUGUUUGCUGCCCUGUUUGACAGCUACAUCAUUGUCAUGUGCGCUGUGGUCUACACAGGCGAAAAGCUGGCCUCUGUGGUGGUGGCAUCACUGGGCCUGGCAUCAGACAUCCUACUCUAUGUGUUGUGCCGCUACGGCCUGCUACCCGACCGCAUCUCGAGACGUGUGGUGCCCUACGCCCUGUGGGUGCUCAUAGCGGCCCAGAUCUUCUGCUACCUGGGCCUGAACUAUGCCCGCUUCCACCAGGCCAGUGACACAGUGGGCUGGCAGGCAUUCUUUAGCUUCUCCUUCUUCCUGACACUGCCCUUGCGGCUCACGCCCAUUGUGCUGAUCACAUCCGUGUCGUGCGGGGUCCACACCCUAGUGCUGGGGGUCACCAUUGCUCAGCAGCAGCAGGAGGAUAUCCAGGGGGCUGCCCUCGGGAGACAGCUGCUGGCCAACAUAGUGAUCUAUGUGUGUGCCAUCACUGUGGGCGUCAUGUCCUACUACAUGGCAGACCGGAAACACCGCAAGGCCUUCCUGGAAGCACGGCAGUCCCUGGAGGUCAAACUCAAUCUGGAGGAACAGAGCCAGCAACAGGAGCGUCUCUUGCUGUCCAUCCUGCCCAAGCAUAUAGCAGACGAGAUGUUACAGGACAUGAAGAAGAAAGAAGCCAGUCAGACUGGACAGAAGGAGAUGCAGCAGUUCAACACCAUGUACAUGUAUCGCCACGAAAACGUCAGUAUUUUGUUUGCAGACAUUGUGGGAUUCACUCAGCUGUCAUCAUCAUGCAGUGCCCAUGAGCUGGUCAAGCUCCUCAAUGAACUGUUUGCCCGCUUUGACAAGCUGGCUGCCAAAUACCACCAGUUGAGAAUAAAGAUCCUGGGAGACUGUUACUACUGCAUCUGUGGCCUGCCAGACUACAGAGAGGACCACGCUGCCUGCUCCAUCAUGAUGGGCCUGGCCAUGGUGGAGGCCAUUUCGUAUGUUCGUGAGAAGACCGGGACAGAUGUGGACAUGCGUGUGGGGGUACACACUGGCACUGUCCUGGGGGGCGUCCUGGGACAGAAGCGGUGGCAGUAUGACGUCUGGUCCACUGACGUCACCGUGGCCAAUAAGAUGGAGGCGGGGGGAAUACCGGGGCGUGUGCACAUCUCCCAAGCCACCAUGGAGUGUCUGCACGGGGAGUUUGAUAUGGAGCCGGGGAACGGGGGGGACCGCUGUGAGUACCUGAAGGAGAGGGGCAUCGACUCCUACCUGGUGGUGGUGCCCAAGGGGCCCCUGGGAAAGAACGGCAUCAACGGGGUGAAGUUGUCUGUGAUGUCAUCCAAUGGGAACUCUCCAUUGUUGAUCAACACCACUGAGUGUAAUGGGAGUCUCCACACAGCCUGCACCACACCAGACGAGCCAGAGGAGCUGGACACACGGGUGGUGAACCCUUCGUUCCCCAACCCUCGGCGGAGGCUAAGACUGCGGGACCUGGCCGAGAGGGUGAUUGAUGCGCAAGAGAACGAACAGGAGCUCAACAAACUGCUCAAUGAGGCACUGCUGGAGAGAGAGACCGUACAAGCUUUGAAGGGGAAACGCACCAACCGUCUGUCCCUGCGCUUUGUGGACCCUGAGCUGGAGACCCGCUACUCUGUAGAAAAGGAGAAGCAGAGCGGAGCUGCCUUCAGCUGUUCCUGUGUAGUGCUCUUGUUCACUGCAGCCAUGGAGGUCCUCAUAGACCCUCGGAUGAUAGCAAACUACGUGACCCUAGCUGUGGGAGAGGUCCUGCUGCUCGUCCUAACUGUCUGCUCUCUGGCGGCCAUCUUCCCUCGAGUUUUCCCUAAGAGGCUGGUGUCUUUCUCCACAUGGAUCGACCACACCCGCUGGGCACGGAACACAUGGGCCAUGGCAGCAAUCUUCAUCCUCACCAUGGCCGACAUUGUGGACAUGCUGAGCUGUCCCCGUCCCUCGGGAAACGCCACAAUUGCCCCUCCUUCCUCUGUUGUCCAAUCCGGGGCAGAGGGCUGCCUGGACAACCCCAAGUACUACAGCUACAUCGCUGUGCUGGCACUCAUGGCGACCACCAUGCUGGUGCAGGUCAGCCACAUGGUCAAGGUCACACUCAUGCUCCUCAUCACCAUAGCGACGGGCAUCGUCAACAUCUACAGCUGGAGGGACAUAUUUGACCGCUACGAUAUGGCCCGCUUCCAGGACUACAGGUCUUACCUGGUUCCCUCCAAAUAUGCCAUGACUGUGAUGAUCUUCAUCAUGAUGAUCAGUUUCUACUACUUUUCUCGACAUGUGGAGAAGCUAGCCCGUACUCUGUUCUUGUGGAAGAUUGAGGUCCAUGAGCAGAAGGAGAAGGUGUAUGAGAUGAGGCGCUGGAACGAGGCGCUGGUCACUAACAUGCUGCCAGAGCACGUAGCACGCCACUUCCUGGGCUCCAAGAAAAGGGACGAGGAGCUGUACAGCCAGUCAUAUGAUGAGAUUGGGGUGAUGUUCGCCUCCAUCCCCAACUUCUCGGACUUCUACACAGAGGAGAGCAUCAACAACGGGGGGAUUGAGUGCCUCAGGUUCCUAAACGAAAUCAUCUCCGAUUUUGACAGUCUCCUGGACGAGUCUCAGUUCCGCUGCAUCACCAAAAUCAAAACCAUUGGCAGCACCUACAUGGCAGCAUCAGGUGUCACUCCCAAUGUCAGCAACGGCUACGCCUGUCUGAAGAAAGAAGAGCUGACUGACAGAGAGCGCUGGCAGCAUUUGGCAGAUCUGGCUGACUUUGCUCUGGCCAUGAAGGUCACGCUCAUGAACAUCAACUACCAGUCCUUCAACAACUUUAUGCUACGCAUAGGUUUGAAUAAAGGGGGGGUGCUGGCAGGAGUGAUUGGCGCCCGGAAGCCUCACUAUGACAUCUGGGGCAACACUGUGAAUGUGGCCAGUCGCAUGGAGUCCACAGGGGUCAUGGGUAACAUCCAGGUGGUGGAAGAUUGCUACCACAUCUUGAAGGAGUACGGAUUCCGUUUUGUGAGGAGGGGACCCAUCUUUGUGAAGGGGAAAGGAGAGCUGCUUACCUACUUUCUGAAGGGUAGAGAAAAACAGGGAUCCUUCAUCAACGGCUCCUCGGUCACCCUGCCACACCAAGUGGUGGACAACUCCUGACCUGCGUGUCAACGCUCACAGAAACACAAACGCACACACAUAAUCAGAAAAAUACAUUCUAAUGUAUAAGUGAGAUCUGAAAUAAUGCUUAUACCAACACUCCAUCUUUCAGAAUUGCAAAGAAUAUAAGAGGAUAUGUACAUCUUGCAAAGAGAGAAGAUUUGUCCCGCCUCCCCCACCCUGCCUGUUCAAAUACUUUUUUUGCAAACUACAAAGCUUUUCAAAAUAAUGCUCAGAUACUUCCACUACAGACUUAUGAACACAUAUCACGCUACUGUAUAGUUACACAUAUUUACACACAUUCUUAGACAAACACUCUUCAGACACAGACCGUCUGACAAACACAUUAAUGAAUUCACUACAAUGCCAUCACUCAAGCCAGAUGCAGCCAGGCUGUUGGACUAAAUGCCUCAUUUUGAAUACUUUCCCCCUUUUACAAAAUACUUUAUAUUUGGAAAAUAAUGGAUUUCAUUGUGUUUAUUACAGUAUCUCCAAACUGCUUGGAGAUGAAGAUGACCUGAGAUAAGAUGGUAGAGUGUUUGAAAGUUAAUGCAGUGUGUGUGUGUGUGUGUGUGUGUGUGUGUGUGUGUGUGUGUGUGUGUGUGUGUGUGUGUGUGUGUGUGUGUGUGUGUGUGUGUGUGUGUGUGUGUGUGUGUGUGUGUGUGUGUGUGUGUGUGUGUGUGUGUGUGUGUGUGUAAGCCUGCAAAGUGUUCUUUCUCACUUUCUUUCCGAUCUGGAAUCAAGUAAUGUUGCCAUGCCCUCUUUCUGUUUGCCAUGAAUUUGGAACACAUGCCUUCUCUUCUCUUCCCCCCUGGGCUUACAUUGGCACCUUUCAUUUCUUUACGGCAUCUGAGGCUAUUCUGACAGUGGGUACAGAACCCAGGUGUGAGUCCUCAGGUGCGAAAUUGGAGACAGGUUGAAUGUUUUUGUGGGUUUUUUGGAGGCAUUGCAGGUUUGUGCAUGCAUGUUGUAAAGCAAGAGUGAUUCAUGGUAUUUUAGAGUUUGUGGUCACCAGGUCUUUGUGAGUAGCUGACACCUGUGGCCAUUAUGGGUAUUCCGGUGGGUAGAAAUGCAGUGCCCUGAAAAGGUAUUUGCCCCCUUUUCGGAUUUUCUCAAUUUUUACAUGUUUUUGAUACUGAACUAGCAGAUCUUCAACCAGAAUCUAAUAUUAGAUCAAGGGAACAUCAGUUUACAAAUAACAAACAAAUGUAUACUUAUUUUAUUUAUUUAAAUAACAACACCCAAUUCCCCUGUGUGAAAAAUGAAUUGCCCCUUUACACUCCUGGUUGUGCCACCAUUAGCUGCCAUGAUUGCAACCAAAUGCUUCCUGUAGUUGUUGAUCAGUCUCACAUCGCCGUGGAAGACUUUUGUCCCACUCUUGCAUGCAGAACUGCUUUAACUCAGUGACAUUUGUGGGUCUUCAAACAUGAACUGCUCCUUUCAAUUCCUGCCACAACAUCUCAAUUGGGAUUAGGUCUGGAUUUUGACUAGGCUAUUCCAAAACUUCAAUUUUGCUGCUUUUUAGCCAUUUUCAGGUAGACUUGACUGUUUUGGAUUAAAUUUGACUUAAAUUUGCCCCACAAAAACACCUGGAAGCACUUGGAUGACUUGCCGUAAUAGAAGGAAGGAACCAUAAAUGAUGCUCUGUAUCAAAUAAAAUGUUAUUGGUCACAUACACAUAUUUAGCAGAUGUUAUUGCGAGUGUAGCAAAAUACUUGCUGUAUCAGUGAAUUCUACAGGAGAAUGUCAGACUGUCUGUGAGCUGAAGCUGAAGCACAGCUGGGUCAUGCAGCAAGACAAUAAUCCAAAACACACAAUCAAUGGCUAAAAAGUAACACAGUUGAAGUUUUGGAAUGGCCUAGUCAAAAGUCCAUACCUAAUCCCAAUUAAGAUGUGGCAGGACUUUAAAUGAGCAGUUCAUGCUUGAAAACCUACAAAUGUCGCUGAGUUAAAGCAGUUCUGUAUGGAAGAGUGGGCCAAAAUUCCUCCACAGCGACAUGAGAGACUGAUCAACAACUCCAGGAAGCAUUUGGUUGGAGUCAUUGAAGCUAAAGGUGUCACAAGUAGUUAUUGAGUGUAAGGGGGAAUUACUUUUUCACACGGGCAUUUGGGUGUUGCAUAACUUUGUUUAUGAAAUAAGGAUGUAAUUGUUGUGUUAUUUGUUCACUCAGGUUCCCAUGAUCUAAUAUUAGGUUUUGGUUGAAGAUCUGAUUAAAUUCAGUAUGAAAAAUGUGUUAACGUACUUUUUGAAAGCACUGUAUGUUUGUUUGUUUGACUGUAUGUAAGGUGAACAGUAUUGCAGAUGCGGGUGAGUUUCUUUUGCUCGUAUUGUAUCCCCAUCAGUGUCUUUUCUCCAAAAUUGGAUGAAAGUGCAAUAGUUUAUUCUUCUACAACCCGCUGUCCUCGCUUGCCCCUUACACAAAUUAAAACAUUGCUGGCCCUUUAAUUAAUAUUUUUAUAACUAAGUUUCAUUCAUUCUGAGAUUAUAUUUAAAGUGAAGGGAUAAAGGACUAAUGAAUCUGAGUUGUACAUACAGUUUACUGUUCAUUAAAUUAAUUUAUUGCAGAUGUCAGGGACAGAUUUCCUUUUUUAAACCAAUGUAAAAGUGCCAAUGUUGAAGGAAUGGCUUU